UGCACCUUGUGGCUUACAUCCUGUUUAAGUGUUGUAAACCUGUCGAGACGCACUCACUGUAAGCCGCUCUGCAUAGGUAGCAGGUGGAACUACAGUCGAGGUCGUGGGUAAUAAAGGCGUGAUCGGCACAUUUAGUCUAAGGACUAAGCUGUUGCUACUCAGGUGGGCCAGGGACCGCAAGCCUGCAUCUCAUACAAUGGCGGUGAGCAUAGCGGGGGUGAUCUCCAUAGUCGUCUUCUACCUCGUCAUCCUUGUCAUCGGGCUCAUCGCCGCGCGGAAGAGCGGCUUCAGGGCUCGCAACAUCGACAGUCAGGAUGUUAUUCUGGCCGGCCGCAACAUUGGGCUGUUUGUUGGUGUCUUCACCAUGACAGCCACGUGGGUUGGAGGCGGCUACAUCAAUGGAGCCGCAGAAAUCGUGGGAACGAAAGGACUUGUCUGGUGUCAAGCGCCCUUUGGAUAUACUAUCAGCCUCAUUUUCGGAGGACUGUUCUUUGCUGCCAAGAUGAGGAAAAGCGGUUUCACAACUCUUUUAGACCCUUUUCAUCAGAAAUACGGAAGGUUGAUGGGCUGUCUUCUCUACCUCCCUGCUCUCACUGGCGAAGUGUUUUGGUCUGCUGCCAUCUUGGCUACUCUUGGUGCCACACUAAAGGUAAUUCUGGACAUCGACCUUAGUCUGUCCAUUCUCAUCUCCGCCGCCAUCGCUCUGCUGUACACGUUGCUGGGGGGCCUGUACUCUGUGGCCUACACGGAUAUCGUACAGCUCAUCUGCAUCUUCGUCGGUCUGAUCGUUGGUGUGCCGUUUGCUGCGACCCACGAGGCAGCGAGGUCCCUCACAGAGAACAGCACCUGGCUAGGUUCUGUGGACCCUGCUUUCAUCGGCACCUACAUCGACUAUUAUCUGCUUCUCAUCUUUGGCGGUAUUCCGUGGCAGGUGUACUGGCAGCGGGCUCUGUCGGCCAAGACAGUUGCUAUCGCCCGCGGUCUUUCUGUUCUCGGAGCUCUGGGCUGCCUCAUCCUGGCGGUGCCUCCUGUUCUGCUGGGAGCCGUGGCUGCCACUGCAGACUGGAACAAGACGGCUUAUGGGCAGCCCAGCUUGGCCCAAGAGGAUGUCGCGCUGACUCUGCCCCUGGUGUACUUUCACAUGACGCCAGUGGCGGUGUCCUUCGUGGGGCUGGGCGCCAUCUCUGCUGCUGUCAUGUCUUCCACCGACUCCUCCUUCCUGUCUGCCUCCAGCAUGUUCGCCUGCAAUGUCUUCGGCGUCAUGUAUCAGCUAGCGAGGGGACAACGCCCAUCAGGUACGAUGACGGUGUGGGUAAUGAGGUGUGCACAAGUGGUCAUCGCUGGGCUGGCCUGCGGUCUGGCCCUCACAGUCACAUCUGUGUACUACCUUGUGGGCGCUGUCCUCCGACUUCGUCUACGUCAUCCUCUUCCCCCAGCUGCUGUGCGUGCUUUUCGUGCGCUGGAGCAAUACAUACGGGUCUCUGGCAGCCUUCGUCUUCGGCCUCCUCUUCCGCCUGCUAGGAGGCGAGCCCGGCCUCAAUCUCCCACCUGCUAUAGCGUUCCCCUGGUACGACCCUCAAAACGGCCAGAAGUUCCCUUUCGGACUCUUGCCAUGUUUAUCUCCCUUGCCUCUCACCUGGGUGUGUCGGCCGGCGCCCGGCAGGUGUUUAGGAGAACCUCCUGCCCCCCAACAUGGACAUCUUCCACUGUUUCAAGCUGGACCCGCAAACAGAGCGCCGUCGUCCUCAGAACGGAGCCGUCAACUUGGCGUUCACAUCAGGCGAUGAAACGUUUAACGAAAAAGACGAGAUGACGGCAUUGUGACGACGGCCCAGCCUACGUGAAGGGAGUGGUCCACCGGCUGUCAAGUCUGAGAAGUUGAGGUUGUCACAUAUAUUGUGCUUGUUGGUGGCUGUAUUUGGUUGUGCUGGAGUUAGAUGUCAUACAGACUUUCGUAUCGGCAUGUAGAAUAAGUAGCAGACGGUGACUUAGGUUUUCCCCUUGAAGUCUUUUAUUUUUAUUUUUCAUCAUUAUUUGUUAUCGCGUGGUACUACUAGUGGUCUGUGUGGUGAACUGUUUUCGUAAAGCUGCUCACUCAUGCAUGUAAACGUGUUUUAAUGUACAUUAUGAUUUCAAUGGCUGA